AUGGCUUAUCGUAAGACUGUCGCCAGCUUCGUCGCUGCGGCCGCCCUUCUGGGCACUUCCACCGCUUCUUAUGCCGCAACCGACAUUGCCUGGUGGCACGCAAUGGGCGGACGUCUGGGCGAAGUCGUCGUCGACAUCGCAAACGGCUACAACGCUGCCCAGGACGCUUGCAAGAUCACACCGGUCUUCAAAGGUACCUACGAAGAGACUCUGACGGCAGGCAUCGCGGCAUUCCGCGCCGGUGAACAGCCGAACAUCCUGCAGGUUUUUGACGCCGGUGCAGCAACCAUCAUCGGUGCAAAGGGCGCCGUUAUCCCGGCUCAGGACAUCCUGGAAAACGCCGGUGUUGGUUUUGAUAUCGAAGACUACAUCGACGGUGUUCGCUACUUCUAUGCCGACAGCGACGGCAAGAUGAUCGGCAUGCCGUUCAACUCUUCCACCCCGAUCCUCUACUACAAUGUCGACGCCCUGAAAAAGGCCGGUGUUGAAGCUCCGAAGACCUGGGAAGAGUUUCAGGAAAUCGCUCCGAAGCUGAAGGAAGCCGGUUACGUACCGCUUGCGCAGUCUCACCUGCCAUGGAUCUUCACCGAAAACUUCAAGUCCCGUCAUAACCUGCAAUUCGCGACCAACAACAACGGUUACGAUGGUUCCAAGGACACCACGCUGGUAUUCGGUGAGCCGAUCAAGAACCACUUCUCCGCCGUCAAGGGCUGGCUGGAUGACGGCCUGUUCGGUUAUUACGGCACCGGCUGGGGCGACAAUCAGACACCGUUCAACGAAGGCAAGGUCGCAAUGUGGCUCGGCUCUUCCGGGUCCUUCGGUGGCAUCUCCAAGACUGUCGACUUCCCGUUCUCCGCAACCUAUCUGCCUUACUGGGAUGCAGUUGACGGCGCGGGUACCGGAACCUUCAUCGGUGGUGCGGCGCUGUUCUCCAUGGCCGGCAAGUCGGACGACGAAAACAAAUGCGUCGCAUCGUUCUUCGAGUACCUGACAUCUCCGGAAGUCCAGUACAUGUGGCACAAGGAAACCGGCUAUGUGCCGAUCACCAACGCCGCUUACGACAUGGCCAAGAAGGACGGUUACUACGAAAGCACCCCGGCUGCCGAAAUCGGCAUCAAGCAGCUGACCUUGCCGGGCGGCGAAUGGACCAAGGGCUACCGCAUGGGCUUCUACGUUCAGAUCCGCGACGUCAUGAACCGCGAAUAUGGUAAGCUCAUGUCUGGCGAAACCACGGUUGAAGAUGCUUUUGCAACCAUCGAAGCGGACGGCAACAAGCUUCUGGAGCGGUUUUCAAAGACAACCGGCAACUAG